AAACUUUUUCAGCGUAACAUUUUCAAAUCGUAUAUUUGAAAGUAGGCAUUAAAAAUUUAGUAAUUUGACUCUAUGUCGUGUUUUGUGUAAGUUCUAAGGACCGCUGCCAACAUGAGGAGGGCGAUAGCUGUGCUGGUCUUCAGUUUAGUUUGCUCAGUAUCUUCAACAGAACCCGAUGACACAGAGCCACGGCUGCAAGUAAUGGCAAGAUCCACGGUAUUCAACGCCGGAGAAACAAAGGCUAUUUUUUGUAAAGCAAUAAAUAUAGAAGGGCCCAUAGAAUGGCGAAAUCCAGCUGGUGGAGUAGUUAAAGAACGGUCAGUGAAAAAUAACAGAGUAUACGUGGAAAGAAAGGAAGAAAAUACUGGUAUCUUAAUCCCUCUUAUAAUUCAUGAAAUAAAGAUAUCUGAUAGUGGCAGUUGGACCUGUAAAGCCGGAGAUCUGAAUGAAACCAUCGAUAUUCUCGUUGGAGUAAAAGUAAAUAUAACUAAUAGAAAUGAAACCAGAGAAGGCGAUGAAGGAAAAUCGACUAAACUGGACUGCGAAGCUGAAGGUCAUCCGGCACCAAUUGUCCAAUGGUACAGAGAAAGCAAGCCCAUUGAUGCCUUUGAUAGAGACAAAUACGUGAUGAAAAAAGUAAAACCUCAUAAUUAUCAACUGGAAAUUAAAAACUUAAGUCACUUAGACGUCGGGGAAUAUGUAUGCAAAGUGACUCAAAAAGCAUUAUCUCAUUAUACCGAUAAAACAGUGUACCUCUUUGUGAAGCAUAAGCCCGUUUUGUAUAACCCAGAGACACGAUCCACAUUAUACAAGACCGAAGAAGUAUACGGGAUAUUGAAUGAAACCAAAAACAUAACGUGCAGCGCUUUAGCGAAUCCACCUCCUACAUACAAGUGGCACAAGCGACACAAUAAUUACGAUGGAUCAAUUACAUCCGAUGAUACGGUAAUCACCGCUGCGGAUGGCAGUUCCUCGGUACUGAUAUUAAGAAUGCGCAGUGAUGAGGACACGGGCGAAUACGUAUGUACAGCGAUAAAUAACAGGGGGAGGCAAUCCGUCGUCUUUCACGUCACAUUAGGCGACAAACCAAAUCCGCCAGAUUUCGUGGCGGUAAACGGCACCAAUGCAACCCAUAUCAAUUUCAAUGUGAUAUGCUCCACGUGUACUAUGGUGCAAGACGAAACUGUAGCUCCGGAUCCCAAAAAUCUAACUCUUCUUGGAUUCCAUUUCCAGCUGGUUCCAGUCGAAGAAGGUGUACCACCUGACUGGGACUCAGCGGAAGAUUUUGAUCUAGACAUAUUGUCUGCGGAAGACACACUCUUCGAAGUGGGUCCUCUGAACAACAGUACGACUUUCCACGCUCGAGUGCGCUCGCGUAAUGCUGCUGGCUACUCGGAGUGGACGAUCAUAACACCAAAUCCAAGUACCACGGACGACGCCAUUAGGCUAAUAAGCAGCAUCAUCUUAGUCAUUAUCGCUUUAAUCGCCACAGGAUUAUAUUAAAUCUAGCUCAAUGUUGCCAGAAUUAAAAUAUCGAUGUUCAAUUUAUUUCUCGCGUGUGCUUGGAAGAAAUGGUUUAGAAUUUUUGAAAAAAAUGUUUUUGCUGAUCUGUCAAUAAUUUUAUAAGGAAUAAAUACUCGUUUACUCUUAAGAACAAUUCAGUUAUAAUAUAUCUACAAAUUAUUAUAUCAACAAUUUCAUUCAGGUAUGCUAUGUAUUAGGAAAAGUUAUUAUUAAUAAUAAUUAUGUUAAAAGUAUUGAUGUGGUAAUAAGUUAGUGGAUUAUCAGCUGUUAAGUCUGGCAACAUUACAGAGACUUGGCAAUGCUUUGGGGAUCAAUGAUUUUUAAUAAGCAACGUUGUUGUUUUAUUUUUAAUUAUUUUAAUGUUGAUACCAAAGAUUUGAUAAAUAUUGUAAAAAUUAUUCGUAAUUAGAUGCUACUGCUUUGUAUCUUAUUUAAAUUUUGUAAAUAAAUAAAACAUAAUGUAGAAUUUUAAGAUUCUAAAUAGCUACCACUCUUAUAUCCCCAAGUAUAACACCCCAAGUUUCGUUUAGAUAGUGAACGUAUUUGUCUAUUACUCGGUUUUAAUUAAAUAAGUGUUCAUCUCGUACCCUAUAUAUACCAAUGGCCUCAAUAUUUAAAUUAGGUAUUGUUAAAAAUUUAUGUGAUAAUAAUUAAUAAUAAAAGUCUUCGAUAACAUCAGAAGACCAAAAAUGGAUGAAUCUCGUUAUGAUCCUCAAAAGUAAUUGAAAAAUAUAUGCGUUAAUAAUAAAAAAAAAGUUAGUUAGUAGUAUAUUUCUACUUAUUUAACGUCUCUAAUGCCUUUUCAAUAUGGAACAAAUGUACCUAAAUUUAUAUCAAAACGUUAAUAAUAAUCAGACUUGAAUAAUUUUGAAAGAAUGUCAAGAAUUAAUUUGUUUUCAGGGAAUAUUUAUAAAAGUUGCUUUUAUAAGUGAAUAUUUUUCAAAGAUUGUCUAUACUAAUAUUAUAAAGAGGAAAAUUAUGAUUGUCUGUUAGUUUGCAAUGUUAUUUUAAAAAUCACUUAAAGGAUUUUAAAUUUUUUUUCAAUUAUAGAAAACUACAUUAUCAGAGAGUAACAUAAACUAUAUAAGAUUUUCAAAAAAUCUAUUUACCCGUACGAAGUCGGGCUGAAUCGCUAGUUAUCAAUAUUAUAUAAUAAUUAAGUAUCCCAAAUUAAAUCUUGUUUAAAUUUAAUAAA